CAGUACUGACCUUGGAUAAACGUAAACAUUGCGAUAACAUAUCGCCAACGAGAACCCGUUUCACGCAGAUUAUAGAGCACUUUUGGAUGUCGUUGGGCGUCGAUCAGAGAAGCGAAAUUAACUAUGACUGAAAAUAUAGAAACAAAACCUGAGAGGUGGCAGACGAAGAUAUCUAGUCUCAAGGAAGGAAUAUGUCAUAUAUACAAAACAAAAGACUUUUGGGAUACUGUUGUUGUUGUGAAAGGAAAGGAAUUUAAAUGCCACCGGUUUAUCCUUGCAGCAAGAAGUCCUGUGUUUGAACAGUUGCUUCAGUCAAAUACUUCUGGAAGACUUCACAUUGACAAUUUUGAUGUGACAAUAGAUGGAUUUGAAGUAUUAUUAAGGUUUAUGUAUACUGAUGAAUUGGGAACAAAUGACUGCAGUGUGAUUCUGAAUGCUCAACGUGCAGCACGUCAUUUUAAGCAACAGGGUCUGCUGAAAGAAUGUGAAAAGGCUAUUUCAGCCUGGGAAAUUACUAUCGAUAAUGUAUGGGAUAUGCUUAAUCAGUCUGUGGAUAUCCCAGAUCUCUCUAAUCGCUGCUGCCAGUUCAUCGAGCAAAAUGCUGAUGCAGUUCUACAGUCUGAAGCAUUCCUGAAAGCUGAAUUAGAAAGUCUGUGGAUAGUUUUAAAUUCUGGAAAAUUGAGUCAAAUUCCAGUUUAUGAACUCAUGCAGAAAGUGCUUCAUUGGGGAGCUGAAAAGCAUACAGAAUUGUCAGAUUAUUCUGUAGUGAGAGAAUUGUUGCUGUCUACAGACAAACCCAUUAUGGGCUUGUUGGGAUUUGAAAAACUGAAACAGGAUGAACUUGCUAAAGUGGCUGCCAACUACAGGGGCCUUCUCCUACCUGAAGAAGUUACAGCCCUUCUUCUGAACACAGUUUCACCAGGAUUAAAUUUGCCUGACUGGUGUCAGCAUGGCUAAGAUGAGGAUAAUUGAAAUAAAAAUUAGUUAUUUUAGCUGUAUUUGAAGAAUAUUUUGCUAAGAGUUGGAUAUAAAAAUAAAGAUUACAAGAAAUUUUGUUAAAAAUACAUUUCAUGCAAAUCAUUAAUGUAAGGUAGUAUUGUCUUAUAUAAAGCAUGUAAGGACAAUCUACUGUAGCUUCUUAACGGUUAAAACCAUCAGCAUCCGAAGAUGAAACGAAAUUCUGACAUAUUUUGUAUAAUUAAUAUUAAAACAAUGUAACACAGCA